UAUAUACUUACAGAUUUAGAUUAAUUUUCGUAACAGGUUUAGGUUAAUAAUAAAAUCAUGGGUCAAAUAUCGAGCUCAUUAUCAUCGGGUAUGAAAGGAGUGAUGGAGGAAAAUAUGAAGAAACAAAUGGAUUUCCAAAUGGGUGCUUUUCAGUUGCAAAUGGAGAGGCAACUUGCAAUGCAGAAUGAAAUGCGAGAACGUCAGAUGAGCAUGGGUAUUGCUAGAGCUCGAGAGGUCGUGAAAUAUUAUGGAAGUUUUUACGCCGUUCUUGCUGUGCUUGGUCCAGUAGCGGCAUAUAAAACUAAAUCUGCCACUCCAGUUAUUCCUCUCAUUCCACUUGGUUUCGUUCUUACUUAUCAACUCGACGCUGCAUAUGGGACACUUCUUUCCAGAGUUAGAUCUGAAGCCGAACACAUAAUGAAUGUGGAACGAGAUAUGAUUUCUCUUCCUAAAGGAAUGCCAACAUUUGAAAUUAUUGAGUCUGUUCGUUUAGAAAACAAGAAGAAGCAACAAUAGUAUUAUAACGUCCUUAGAUCUCUUGUUACAUUUGCAUAUUACAAACCAUACUCCGAAUUAUGUUGCAAACUUAUAAGACUACUAGACUACCUAUUGAGACAUCAUGAGCUUCGACAUAACUUUAUGGAAUUGAUUGACAGUUAUCUGUUUAGUGCUGUGUGUGUGUUUGUAACUAAAAUUUAUUGAAGAAAUCAACAUAAUAUUAAAAAUUCCAUUGAGCUGUAUUUGCCAUUACACAGUAGAGUGGGGGAAGAUGGGAUACCUUUUUAUUCUAUUUUCUCGUCUCAUUUGAUAGUAAACAAAGAACAUUUAAAGAAUUAUGAAACCGUAUCCCGGCGACUUCCUUAGACAGUUGUUAAUUGUUUAAAACAUGAUCAGGAUGUUUGGAUAUUAUGUGCUAAAGGUGACCCAUCCACCCCUAUCCUACUAUGUACCACAAUUACACCAAAAAUAAUGAAUUAACAUAUUUUCAUAUUAGAUAAGUAUAGUACUGCAACUGUGUGUUUUAAUUCAUUAAUUUGUUUUAAUUCAUUAACAAGAUCUGCAUUAAUUUGUGUUGUCUUAUUACUUCUGCACUUUCUGCACAAACAACUUUUUUCUGCAUGUAUUCGGAUAACCCAUGUGAUCUAUUACCUCACUUAGUGGAUUGUUAUGUAAUUAUGACAUUAACUGUGCCUUGCAAUUAAUGCAAACAGAAAUUUUACAAACAGAAGGAGCAAAUUUUAAAAAUAGCUUGUACAUUUUACAAUGUUACCAAUUUCGUUCAAAUUAUUUGAAAUUUUACCUGUUCAUACACUUGCAUGUAAUAAAGCAAUUAAAUUGGUGAUUAUAUUUGAAAA